AGAGGCCCAGGCAGCGCCACACAACAGUGGCAGUAUCGACAAACGUUCACACAACGUUUAGACGUAACAACUCUGUGUCACUUCAUUUCUUAUUUUAGUAACUAGAUCAUUUCAAACUUAAAUUUUCCCCGUUUUAGUUGUAUAAGUGUUAAGUGUAAUUUAUGAUGUUUUAAUAACACGAAGUGCGGCACCCAUACAUGCAAUAUUAGGCAAUUACGUAAUGGGAAUUAUUAUGCUAGAGAAGUUUAAAGUUUUACCCUGAAAUUCAACAUGGCCGCUGACACAGGAAUGGAUACUUGCUCCAGUCCGGAGAUCACGGACUCCAGAAAGCGCCCGCUGGACGGGGACUCUGAGAAUGGCGACGUCAAGAGGUCGCACUUCAGCUCCGUGCAAGACCUGGUGACGGCCUUGCCUCUGGCCAACGGCCAUGGCAAUAUUACGUCUCAUUUCGCAGUGGAGCCGACGUACCACUUCAAGGUGCUGGUGCCGUCCAUGGUGGCGGGCGCCAUCAUCGGCAAGGGCGGCGAGACCAUCGCGCAGCUGCAGAAGGACACCGGCGCGAGGGUCAAGAUGAGCAAGUCCCACGACUUUUACCCUGGUACGACGGAAAGGGCGUGCCUGAUCACCGGCUCCGUCGAGGGCAUCAUGGUGGUGCUGGACUUCAUCAUGGAGAAGAUCAAGGAGAAGCCCGAGCUGGUGAAACCCUUCCCCGAGGGAGUCGACACCAAGAUGCCCCAGGACAGAGAUAAACAGGUGAAGAUCCUCGUGCCCAACUCCACGGCGGGCAUGAUCAUCGGCAAGGGCGGCAACUACAUCAAGCAGAUCAAGGAGCAGAGCGGCAGCUACGUGCAGAUCUCGCAGAAGGCCAAGGAGCUGUCCCUGCAGGAGCGCUGCAUCACUGUUGUGGGCGAGAAAGACAACAACAAGAAGGCGUGCCUCAUGAUCCUGCAGAAGGUGGUGGACGACCCGCAGUCGGGCUCGUGCCCCAACGUGUCGUACGCGGACGUGGCGGGGCCCGUCGCCAACUACAACCCCACCGGCUCGCCCUACGCCGUGCCCACCGCCGAGGUGACCGAGAGCCACGCGCUAGGCGCCGGCGUGGUCGGCGGCUCCGUGCUGGUGAACGGCUCGGGGCUGGGCGCGCUCAGCCUCACGCUGUCGCUGGCGCCGCCCGGCUCGCAGCAGCAGACCCCGCUCACGCAGCACACGCUGGACCACAUCAAGGUGGCGCUGCGGCAGUCGGGGUACUCGGAGGGCGGCAUCUCGGAGAUCUCGGCGGCGCUGGCGCUGCUGGUGAAGCACGGCGUGCUGGGGCUGGCGCUGCCGGCCGCGCUCCCCGCCGCCCCCCUCUCCGCCUUCUACCCGCUGCCGGCGCAGGAGCCGCCCGUGUUCGGCCCGCUCGGCCAGGUCGGCCUAGGCGUGGUGGGCGGCGGGCGCGGCGCGGCGUUAGACCGGUUCGCGGAGGUAGCAUUCGAUGCGCUUCGGCCCCCAGCCGUGGCGCCCAUCUCGCUGUCGGCGCAAGUGUCCAACGUGUCGCAAGUGGCCGGCUUCCCGGCCGCCAGCCUGCUCCCGCUCAGCAAGUCGCCGGCGCCCCCGCCGGCCGACCAGAGCGCCAAGGACUCCAAGAACGUCGAGAUCGCCGAGGUCAUCGUCGGCGCCAUCCUAGGUCCGGGCGGGCGCAGCCUGGUGGAGAUCCAGCAGAUGUCGGGCGCCAACAUCCAGAUCAGCAAGAAGGGCACGUUCGCGCCCGGCACGCGCAACCGCAUCGUCACCAUCAGCGGCUCCGCGUCCGCCAUCGGCAACGCGCAGUACCUCAUCGACCAGAAGAUCCAGGAGGAAGAGCUCAAGCGCACGCGCCACAACCUCUCCGCCUCCGUCACCGCCGCCGCCGCUGGCCUCAUGCAGUAGUCUAGUCACAGCGCGAGCGCCGCCAUCGCCGCGGUGCGGGUACACCACACCACUACCCUGGCGCGGCGCACCCCAGUUACCCUGCCGGCUCACACGACGUCGCCCCCGCCCCCGCGCCCGCGCCCGCGCUUCUCUGUCGACAAUCUUUCGAUUGCGGGAGACGAUUCUCAGUAACGGAAUGCUAGAGCGCAUCGACCGCACUUUCAACGAAAUACGAUUUUAUUUAAGACUAAUUGUUGCGGACUGAAAUACAGUCGAGACAUCUCUCGGAAUCGAAAGAGCUCUCGAUUCUCAUAAAUUAUAAGAAGUGUGAGGUGGGGGUCUCGUCCGUGGCGGCCGUACUGCUAGUUAAGAGUUAUUGUUUUGUUGACGCUCGCAGCUCUCGACGCGCGCCGCGCGGGCCUAGUGCCGCGCGCCGUACUGUGUGCGCGCGCGGAGUGAAGUGAACGGGAAGUGCAAUAAGCGAAGCGCCCCCCGCGGCGCGCGUCGACACAUAGUUACCUAUUUACAAAUAGAUUUUAUUCUAUAUUAUUGAUUUUAUGCAUGUACUAUAGUGUUGGACAUAUAUCUGGUAUAUUUUGUUCGUCGCGGUCUGCCUAGCAGAGGAUAUUAUUGAGUAAGGUUAAUGAAGUUACGAUUGUGAUAAAUCCUAUCACGGAAAUUCCUAUUCCAUGCACAUUUUAUUUUUGUAUAUUGUUCACCGUGCAUCGCAUACGUUUUAUUUACAGAGUUGAUUUCAUUGUAAAUGUUACCAUUGAUAAGUUACGUUUAGUUAGGUUAGUUGAAACUUGGAUUCGGAUAAGCGAACCGCCUAAGCCUCGGUGACAUAAUAAUUUUGUUUCGUUUUAUAUUUGACUCGAACGCUCCGGCUAGCGGAGUCGUCGUCAUUCCUGAGUUCUGAAGGUGAAGAUCUUUAUUUUUUAUACAUUUAUAAAUAUUUCGUUUUAUUUUUGUUAGGAACGUUUCGCAGCCGUCGUCCGGUCUAAAUCGUUUAAACAACAAUAUAAGUACAAUCUAAACAAAAUGUUAUAAUGCAUGUCCAGAAUAGUAGAGAAUUAUAUUUGAAGAAGCGUAUCGUCGCAGAUAUGUUAAUAUUGACAAUAUGACAGAAGUUAUUUACAGUCGGAGCGAGCCGGGCGCUGGCGGGCCUCGCCGCGCUCGGCCGCCAAGUUACCUCACGUGCCAUGUGAGCGGGCCCUCGCCACCCGCCACCGCGACAGUCCGCGAACGUGCGGCAUAUACUUAUCGAGGAAUGAAGUACAAAUGAAAUGUAAUAAAUAAUAAUAAUGAAUUCGAAUCGGCUUAAAGAGUUAAUAAUGUAUGUACGAUAGUGUGUAAGAAAAGGAAUUGAGAGGCGUUUCUCGAGCGCGCGGCCACCGCCGGUGGCGCGCCCGCGUAGACUAGCGUAACUAUGUACCCUAUAGCUAGAACUUAUUAUAUAUUCAAUCUUUAAAGUGUAGGUAUCGCUGUUAACUUUCCGGUGUUUUCGACUUUCUCAUUCAUCUUAUUAUAUACGGGGUAGUGCAGAUAUCGUCUAGUGUCAAUUAUCGCCGGCCCGCCCGGGAUGUCGAUUAUACGCGCUCAAUUUUAUCGGAACUAAAUCUUCAUUAGUCUGUACGUGUAAGUGACUACGUCAAUUAUUCUAACCGUUCGGUCGACGGCACUCGGCCGGAGCCCCGUCGCCGCCAUCCUCUUCACUCGUGUCUCUCGCUCUCGCCCCGCUGCCCGAGCUACUCGCCUCUCCCUCUCUCCAGAGAGAGCGGCUCGCGGCGCAGGCACCAAGACGCCGCGAACUCGCCGAUUCUUUAAAUAGUUAUCGAUGGAAUUCUAGUUAGUUAUAAUUGUCAUUAAAAACAAUAUAAUGGUAUGUAUAGAUAAUUUUAAAAUAACUGGAAAAUGUUAAUGUUGUUAUACUGAAGUUGUUACAAUAUUUGAGAGUAUAUUAACGUGAAUACAGAAUAAUAAUUUUAGUGCGGUACUAUCCGUUUAUCGCGUGGGAAGAUAAUAAAUGCAACGUCGUCCGGAAUAUUUUGUGUAUCGAAUGAAUCCAGGAAGGAAGAGAACAAGGUUGAUACUGUUUCUGUGAUACUGACAAAUACGCCGCGCUGGCACGCUUCCCGCACCCCUAGCGCCGCCCGCAGCCGUGCCCGGAGACUGCGCCCUCGUGCGUAGACGGGACGAGUGCAAGCGCCAAGCUUCACUUGUCGCUGCCAUUAACCGUAGAAUACGAUGUUCCACUCCGGGCAUCUCGGGCUCGGGCGGCCGUAGUCAGCACCCGGACAGCGGCCCGUCGUGUGUAGUCAGUAGAGCCGCACCCACUUCGUUACUAGCGCUGUUACAGUUAGGUAAGUCAAUGUUGUAGGCUAAGGUAGCUAGCGAGCCUCACGAGCGGCCCGCCCCAGCGACCGCGCAUCUCAUCUUUUAAUUUUAAUAGCUAAAUGUUGUUGAAUUUGUUGAUAGAGUGGUUUAUCGUAUAGUUUAGAGGUAUACGUGGAGGCAGCCGUCGGGUGCGCUAGGCUAGUAACGUUCGAUACUGUGUUUAGGAUCAUGGCUGUGCGUUCAAGUCGAACUCAACAUUAAGACAUCACCAUAACGCUUGUUUUGGGCGCGAAUCGCACGCGGCCCGCACUCUGUAUAUAAUUGCAUAGCAUUUUCAUUUACGUUUUCUCCUUGCUCAUUGUCAUCAAUUUAUUAAAGACUGAGGAAUCAACUUGCGCAUAUUGACAUCGUCACGAACGCGUCCC